AUGGAUCAGAUUCAAACUUUUAAGACCGAGAUCGAGUCAUUGAAGACAGACCAGCAGAAAGAGAAACAUUAUCUGAGGGCAGAGAUACGGGCGACAGCUGAUGCAUUGGUCCAGAGCCAGGCGGCAUUGGCGGAGAGUCACUCCUCAUUAGCGGAGAGUCAGGCGGAGAAUGACGCGUUGAAGAGGGCGUGGAACAAGAUGGAGUCACAAUCCAUGCCAGGCACACCUUUUAACACAGCCCUACCCAAAGCUACACUGACCAUAACACCAAACCCUGCAUACGCUGGCGAGACAAUUACUCUGACGUGUUCAGUGGGGUCUGACAGUGGCUGGAGCUACACAUGGUACAAAGACAACACUAUUAAAGAAGUGACCUUGUCUGGCAGACACUCUACAACAGGAGCCACCUUCACCAUCAGUAGAGCUGCUGAGUCUGACCAGGGUCUCUACUGGUGUCAGGGAGAGAUCCAGUCCAGAUCCAUAUCAUCAAUCACCAGUGAUCCUGUCACUAUCACUGUGGAAGAGAGACCUGUGGCUGUUCUGACCCUCCAACCCAACUGGCCCCAGAUAUUCAGUGGAGAGACUGUCAAUCUCAGAUGUGACAUACAGGGGGGAGAAGAGAUUGAGUAUGCGUUUUAUAACAGUGGGAAGUCGAUCUACACGAAUACAGAGCCUGAGUACAGAAUCAGUCCUGCAAAGAAUGGUCUAUAUACCUGUGAAGGUCUUCAGAAAAUAAAUGGCUUAAAACACUCCCAGACCAGUAAUGCUAUACAAUUGGCCGUGUUAGAUAAACCCCAAGCUCUCCUGAGUGUCUCUCCUCAGUGGCUGCACCCUGGAGACUCAGUUACUCUGAGCUGUGGGGUUAAAGAGUCAUCUACAGGCUGGAGGUUCUUCUGGUACAGAACUGUUCCCUACACAGCUGGGUUACUGUCCCUAUCAGACAGGUCCUACUCUGUAGAGCCUCUAUCUGGAGAUGGGACUACUGAAGACUCCUACACUCUGAUCCCUGCUGGUCCAAGUCACACAGGAGGAUAUGUGUGUAGAGCUGGGAGAGGAGACCCAGUCUAUGACACACUCUACAGUGAACCUCAGUUUCUCUGGUCAGGAGAUCCGCAACCAUCAGUGUCUCUCAAAAUAAGACCUAACAGAACUCAACACUUUACAUCAAAGUCUCUCUCACUAAGCUGUGAGGAGAAGAGGAACUCUACUGGAUGGAGACUGAAGAAAUACAGAGAGAAAGCAGUGGAGUCAGUGUGUGUCUCUAACUGGGGAUCAAUAGCAGGGUCCACAUGUACCAUCAGGUCCACAUACACAGGGGACAGUGGAGUGUACUGGUGUGAGUCUGGAUCAGGAGAGUACAGUAAUGCUGUCAACAUCACAGUGGACGUUGGCCCUCUGAUCUUGGAGAGCCCUGCCUAUCCCAUGACUGAGGGAGACUCUGUGACUCUACGCUGUACAAAUAGAUAUCAGGAAACAAACCCAAUACCGAAGGUUGAUUUCUACAAAGAUGGAGUAUUCAUCAGGAUUGAGACCACAGGAGAAAUGACCAUCCCUACAGUUUCCAAGUCAGAUGAAGGCUUCUAUAAGUGUAAAUCUAAUGAAGGAGAAUCACCAGAGAGCUGGGUGACAGUGAGAGGCGUAACUCCUGGACCCUCUACAUCAGUCCUAGUAGGAGUGGUUGUGGGCCUGGUUGUUGCUGGUGUUCUACUGGCCAUUCUCCUGGUACUGCUGUGUCCAUAUAAAAACGCCGGAGGUUCCUGUUGCAACAGGACUUUCUCGCCCCCCCAGACCCAGAGCACGAACCAACAGGAACAAGAAUCUACCCAGGGCCAGGCUCCUGAUGCUGUGUAUACACGUCUGCAGCAUGGUGGCGCUAACAUCUACGAUGCAAUCACUCUCUCAGACAAUAAUGACAAUGGUAUUGUAUACCGUCUGUGAAGUUUAGCAUGAAUACAGGGUAGAGUUGUUGUUGCUGUUAUUUUUCAUAUGUUUAAUAUUACUAGCAUACUAACAGUAAGUAGAGAUAUUAGUGUAUUACCUGUAUGUUUCAGAUGCUGGUGCUGCUACUGCUGGACCAAGUGAUGUGAUGU